AUGGAUUGUGGAGUGGGCACUCUUGCCUCUCGGGAGGAGGUUGUGUGGAUUGACUUUGAACAUCGUGACAGCACGAUACAUGUUUUGCUUAACGUACCGAUCGUACUGCAGUAUUGCAAUAGUGAGAAGCCGGGUCGAGAGGCCUUAAGUUGGCUGAGGCCACCAGCGAUCACCGCAGGGGAAGUGGUCUCUGCAGGUGUAGAUACCGGAGUCUGGUGGCAGAAAUGUGACUGCAUUUCCUUUAAACAGCUGAGGGUGAUGGGGAGCCCUCAUGGGCGGAAGGACGGUGUCAGAACAUGGUCCAAAACCAUUCCUGGCAAGGUUGAAUUCUUCUCCAGUGAGGGUUCAGACACCUCUAUUCCCAUCCCCAUCGUGCCGCUUCCAGGUGUAGAUGACUCUUACCCACCCCAGAAGAAAUCUUUCAUGAUGCUCAAAUACAUGCAUGACCACUACUUGGACAAAUACGAAUGGUUUAUGAGAGCUGAUGACGACGUUUACAUCAAAGGGGACAAACUGGAGAACUUCCUCAGGAGUUUGAACAGCAGCGAGCCCCUCUUUCUUGGGCAGACUGGCCUUGGUACCACGGAGGAGAUGGGGAAGCUGGCGCUGGAACCGGGCGAGAACUUCUGCAUGGGGGGACCAGGAGUGAUCAUGAGCCGGGAAGUUCUGCGGAGAAUGGUGCCCCAUAUUGGCGAGUGCCUGCGAGAGAUGUACACCAUCCACGAGGACGUGGAAGUGGGAAGAUGCGUACGGAGGUUUGCGGGAGUGCAGUGUGUAUGGUCCUACGAGAUGCAGCAGCUGUUUUAUGAAAAUUAUGAGCAGAACAAAAAAGGCUAUAUCCGAGACCUGAGGAACAGCAAAAUACACAGAGCUAUAACGCUGCACCCCAAUAAGAACCCCCCCUACCAGUACAGACUUCACAGCUACAUGUUGAGCCGCAAGAUAGCAGAGCUGCGCCACCGGACUGUGCAGCUGCACCGGGAAAUUGUCCUGAUGAGCAAAUACAGCAAUACAGAAAUCCACAAAGAUGACCUGCAGCUGGGAAUGCCACCUUCCUUCAUGCGAUUCCAGCCCCGCCACCGGGAAGAAAUCUUGGAGUGGGAGUUUCUUACAGGAAAGUAUUUGUAUUCGGGUGCUGACGGGCAGCCCCCUCGGAGAGGAAUGGACUCUUCUCAGCGUGAAGCGUUGGAUGACAUUGUUAUGCAGGUCAUGGAAAUGAUCAACGCCAACGCUAAGACCCGGGGGAGGAUCAUAGAUUUCAAGGAAAUACAGUAUGGCUAUCGCAGAGUAAAUCCGAUGUACGGAGCAGAGUACGUUCUUGACUUGUUGCUUCUGUACAAAAAGCAUAAGGGGAAGAAGAUGACCGUCCCCGUCAGGAGGCACGCGUACUUGCAGCAGACGUUCAGCAAGAUCCAGUUUAUGGAGCACGAAGAGAUGGACGCCAAAGAACUGGCCAGCAAAAUCAACCAGGAUUCUGGAUCCUUGUCUUUCCUCUCCAACUCGCUGAAGAUGUUUGUUCCCUUCCAGCUCAGCCGAUCAAAAGUGGAGAGGAAGGAACUCAAAGACAAGAAGAUCAACAUCCUGAUUCCUCUCUCCGGACGUUUUGACAUGUUCGCAAGGUUCAUGGGGAAUUUUGAAAAGACGUGCCUCAUUCCAAACCAGAACGUCAAGCUGGUUGUCCUGCUUUUCAAUUCCAACUCCAACCCUGACAAAGUGAAGCAGAUCGAGCUGAUGAGAGAUUACCGCUCCAAAUACCCCAAGGCUGACAUGCAGGUUUUACCGGUGUCGGGGGAGUUCUCGAGGGCACUGGCUCUGGAAGUCGGAUCUUCUCAGUUCCAGAACGAGUCUUUACUUUUCUUCUGUGACGUUGACUUAGUGUUUACCACAGAAUUCCUCCAGCGGUGUAGAGCCAAUACAGUUUUGGGUGAACAAGUAUACUUUCCCAUCAUUUUUAGCCAGUAUGAUCCAAAGAUUGUUUAUAGUGGAAAAGUUCCUAGUGACAAUCAUUUUGCCUUCACCCAGAAAACAGGUUUCUGGAGGAACUAUGGCUUUGGUAUUACCUGUAUUUACAAAGGUGAUCUUCUUCGAGCAGGUGGCUUUGAUGUCUCCAUCCAAGGUUGGGGCCUUGAAGACGUAGACCUAUUUAACAAAGUCAUUCAAGCUGGCUUAAAAACUUUCCGAAGCCAAGAAAUUGGAGUAGUCCAUGUGCAUCACCCUGUUUUUUGUGACCCUAAUCUUGAUCCAAAACAAUACAAAAUGUGCUUGGGGUCCAAAGCUUCAACUUAUGGGUCCACACAACAGCUGGCUGAAAUAUGGUUUGAAAAAAAUGACCCAAAUUUUGGGAAAAGCAGCAAUACUAAUGGCUCAGUGAGGACAGCCUAAUGUCCAGCUAUGCUGGAAAAGACUUUUUUUUUUAAUUAUCUAAUUUAUUUUUGGGAAAAUGUGUUUUGAUAAUUCACUUUUAAAAGACCACACAGGAUAUAUUUUAGAAAU